AUGUCUCCGGAAGGGUCGGAUCUGGCGUACUCGGGCCACAGCGCGCUCGCGGCCAGCCUGGUCAAGGAGCUGAAGCGUACCCCCGAGGCGCCCCCGGUGUCGCUGAUGGAUGUGCUGCACCCCAUCUCUUUGGUCGCUGGCGUCAAGCGCAAGGGCGAGAACGGCGCGCCGCGCCCGCCUGACCCGCCGACCCGCGCUGCCCCGCAUCCGGCAGUAGCCCCAGCACAUGCCGCCGCUGCUCGGUGCGAGAAGGGGAUCCUGCCGACCUCGAACAAGCGGAGCAAGGUGGAGGAGUCGGAGGAGAGCGACGACGACGACGGCACCGAGGGGCAAGACGAGGAUCCACUCCCCUCGGAGCGCGUGGGCAGCAGCCACCUCGAGGCGGAGAAGAAGAAGCACACAGAGGGCCACACGGGGGAGCGCGCGCCCGCGGACGAGGAGGAGACGCCGCGCGCCCAGGCGAAGGCGGGCCGUUUCAUGCGCGUCGACCCGAACGAGGCGCUGCCAGUGGUCUCGAAGCUCGGCGAGAAGUCGCUCAUCGACAACAGCUGGGACGCGCUGCGCGCCAAGGGCCACACGUACGCCGACAAGGCGCAGGAGCGGCUCGGGCCGGUCAAGGGCAAGGCCUUCCAAAAGCAGAUGACCAAGGCCAAGCGCGGGACCUACAUGGGCGGCGCUAUCGACGUCGGCGCGGUCAAUAGCAUCAAGUUCGAGUGA